UAUUUUUAUAACGAAUUAUCUGGAGAAAAUAUUAGCGAUGAUGAUUAUGAUCAUGCAAAAUUAGUUUGGAAAAAAUUUCGUUGUAAAAAUUUUAAAGAUUAUUUAAAAUUAUAUCAAUAUGUUGACACUUUAUUACUAGCUGAUAUAUUCCAAAAUUUUAGAAAAUUAAGUUUAAAAUAUUAUAAUUUAGAUCCAGUAUAUUUCAUAACAGCUCCAGACUUAACAUGGAAUUGUGGAUUAAAAAUGACAAAAAUUCAACUCGAAUUAUUUAAAGAUAUUAAUAUGUACCUUUUUAUUGAACAAGCAAUUCGCGGCGGAAUUAGCCUAACUUCGAAAAGAUUCGCGAGGGCCAACAAUCCUCUAAUUCCAGAAACCUAUGAUAAAAAUCAACGACAUAACUAUAUUAUUUCGAUAGAUGCUAAUAAUCUCUACGGAUUUGUGAUGAGUUCUUAUUUACCUGUAAAUAAUUUCAGAUGGUUAUCUGAGGAUGAGAUAAAUGCUUUAGACAUUUGUAAUAUUCCCGAUAGGAAUAAUAUAGGCUAUAUUUUAGAGGUUGAUUUAAAUUAUCCACCAAAUGUUCAUGACCGCCAUAAUGACUUACCAUUAGCUCCUAAUCAUACAUAUAUUCCAUUCGAUUUAUUAUCAAAUUAUCAAAAAUCGGUAUUAACUAAAUUAAAUUUAAAAUAUAAUAAUAAUAAUAAGAAAUUAAUUCCAACUUUGUUUGAUAAACAAAAUUAUGUAAUUCAUUAUAGAAAUUUAAAAUUUUAUUUAGAAGAGGGUUUAAUAUUAACUAAAAUUCAUCGAGUGCUUGCAUUUAAUCAAGAACCGUGGCUUAGAGAUUAUGUAUUGUUUAAUAAUAAAAAACGGCAGGAAUCAACGAAUGAUUUCGAUAGAAGUUUUUUCAAGUUAAUGAAUAAUAGUUUUUUUGGUAAGACGUGUCAGAACGUACGCAAGCGUUUAAAUUUGAAAACAGCCAUGACUGAAAAUCAAUGUCGAAAGUAUUUAUCUCACUCAGCUCUCGAAAAUUUCCAAAUUAUUAAUGAUAAUCUCACGAUUUUUAAAAUGAAAAAAAUUAACUUAUGUUUGGAUAAACCAAUUUAUAUAGGAUUUUGUGUAUUAGAAUUAAAUAUUUUUGAUUUCAGCAACUACCCUAACACACAUGAAUUAUUUGAUGCAAAAAUAAAAAUAAGCUAG